AUGGCGUCAACCGCGGCGCCGUCGUUCGUCUGCACGUGCAGAGCUGCCGGCGCGCUGAGAGCAGACGCGCUAAGAGGAGACGCGUUAAAGGAAGGCGCGGCUGCCUCGCACUCCUGGGCUUGCCAGGCCGGCUCGCCUGCCAGGAACUACGCGGUUGUGCGAAGCUUCGUUCUCGCCAAAAUCUUUCCGUCUCCCUACACCCGCCCGCAAGCCCAUUCGUUCCGCCCCGCCACGCCGGCUUCCGCGUCCGCCAACCUCACCGGCGGCGAUAGAGACCCCUCCGCAGACGACGUUCACGUGCCCAUCUCCCCUGACCCCAAAAAGACCGCCCCCAUCCCCGUUACAAGCCCAUCCGCUGUCUCCUCAUUCCGCUCGCUGUUCAAUCUCGAGAAGCACUACGCGUUUUACGGCUCGUACCACGACGACCCGGUGAACAAGGCGAUCCACAUGGUCUUUGUGUGGCCCAUCCUCUUCUCCGCGCUCGUCCUCCUCCAGUACACGCCGUCUUUAAUCUCCCUCAGCCACCCACUCCUCGCCGCUUUAGCUAGGCUCGUGCCGCAGGUGCCUGUACCGCUUCCUCUCGCGCUUCCGGGCAGCGGGCUGGUGUUUAACUGCGCGGCGCUGGUGUCGGUGGUGUACGCGGCGUUCUACAUUGGGAUGGAGCGGCGCGCGGGGUCGCUCGCGGCGCUGAUGGUGGGCGGGUGCUUCGUGGGUUCGCGCGCCUUCAUCAAAGCCGUGGGCGCCGGGCGCGCGUGGAAGCUCGCGGUCAUCGCACAGGUGGUGUCGUGGGGCGGGCAGUUUCUGGGCCAUGGCGUCUUCGAGACCAGGGGGUUAGGAGCUGGUCGGGCAGCCGACCUGACCUAUUGGGAAAGCGCGGCGCGGAUGAUCGCUGACGUUUCUACCUCUGACAAGAUUGUGGUUGAGAAAUCCACUGUUCCCGUAAAGACCGCGGAAGCUAUUGAGAAAAUUCUUACACAUAACACGAAAGGCAUCAAGUUCCAGAUUUUAUCGAAUCCCGAAUUUCUAGCGGAAGGCACUGCCAUAGCAGACCUCGACAAGCCCGAUCGCGUUCUUAUCGGUGGUCGCACGUGUGAGGAAGGCAAGGCUGCAGCAGCUGCUCUUGCUGCAGUCUAUGCUCACUGGGUGCCUCAAGAAAACAUCAUUGUGACCAACCUCUGGUCCGCUGAGCUGACCAAGCUGGCAGCGAAUGCGUUUCUUGCUCAGCGCAUUUCAUCAAUCAACGCUAUCUCCGCCCUGUGCGAGUCCACUGGGGCUAACGUCUCAGAAGUAGCUUACGCCAUUGGAAAAGACACCCGCAUUGGCUCCAGAUUCUUGCAAGCCUCUGUUGGUUUUGGUGGCUCCUGCUUCCAGAAGGACAUUCUGAAUCUUGUCUACAUUUGCGAGUGCAAUGGAUUGAUGGAGGCUGCUCAUUAUUGGAAAUCGGUGAUUGACAUCAACGAGUACCAGAAGUCAAGAUUCAUCAGCAGGAUCGUGUCCUCCAUGUUCAACACCGUUGUCAACAAGAAGAUUGCUAUUCUCGGGUUUGCCUUCAAGAAAGACACAGGAGACACCAGGGAGAGCCCUGCCAUAGAUGUUUGCCAUGGGCUUCUCAGGGAUCAGGCUGACGUCAGCAUUUAUGACCCACAAGUGACUGAGGAGCAGAUCAGGCGUGACCUGUCCAUGAACAAGUUUGACUGGGACCAUCCGUACCACCUGCAGCCAGUCAGCCCAAGAGUCCACCAGAAGGUUUCGGUGUCAUGGGAUGCAUAUGGAGCGUGCAAGGGUGCUCAUGGAAUCUGCAUUCUCACAGAGUGGGACGAGUUCAAGACGCUGGACUAUCAGAAAAUCUAUGAGCACAUGGAGAAGCCAGCCUUUGUGUUUGAUGGCCGCAACAUUGUGGAUGUGGCAAAGCUGAGGGAGAUUGGCUUCAUCGUGUUUGCUAUCGGACACGCGCUAGACCCCUGGGUGAAGGAUCUUCCUUCCAUGCACUAG